AGAGAGAGAGAGAGAGAGAGAGAGAGAGAGAGAGAGAGAGAGAGAGAGAGAGAGAGAGAGAGAGAGAGAGAGAGAGGCAAAAAAUGGCGAUGGUGGGAAGGAACUUGGCGGGGCCAUUGCUGUUUCUCAACCUGGUCAUGUACGUCAUCGUGGUCGGCUUCGCGAGUUGGUGCCUCAACCGCUUCAUCAACGGCCAGACCGGUCACCCCAGUUUUGGCGGGAACGGCGCGACGAUGUUCUUCCUCAUCUUCGCGCUCCUGGCCGGCGUCGUCGGGGUCAUCUCGAAGCUCGCCGGCGCGAGCCACGUCCGAGCUUGGAGGAACGAAAGCCUCGCCGCGGCCGCGUCCUCCGCGCUCAUCGCGUGGGCCGUCACCGCCCUCUCCUUCGGGUUGGCAUGCAAGGAAAUAAACGUGGGAGGGCACAGAGGGUGGAGGCUGAGGGUGCUGGAGGCGUUCAUAAUAAUACUAGCCUUCACUCAGCUCCUGUACGUGCUGUUGCUCCACGCCGGCCUCUUCGACAGCCGCUACGGGCCGGGUUACGGAGACACCCCUUACGGCAGCGCCGCCGCUGCCGCCGGCGACCCUUACAAGGGCGGCCCGACCACCGGAUCGGUAGUCUAGGAAUGAUGACAAUGCCCUCCUCUUCUACUUCGGAUAUGCACGUAUGUUAUCAUCUAUGGUUUGUUUUGAGUCGUGGGAGACAAAAAAAUUCACGUUGUCCUUU